UAAAUUGUUCAUUCGGGGGAGGUCUAAAUGUUAUUCAACAAUAAUUAUUGUAAAAGAUGGAUGAGCACAGGACAAUCUCUUGGAAAGCUGCUUCCAUUGCUCUAGGGUCGAAGGGCAGUGGCAGGAAAGUUGGGGUGGGCUCAUCAGUCGGACAAUCAAUCAGCCCUUAUUUCAGUACUGAACCGUCUCAGCCUCUGGCUGAUUCAACUAAUUAUUACAUGGAGACAAAGAACAAGAUGCCAUUCAAGUGCAAUGUGGCAAUGCCGAGGAUGAUCUCUUCCAAAGAAGUAUCCAGACGUAGAGUGAUGACCAGAAAAACUGCGGUUCCUGCUGAUGUCGAGGAGAAUGACGAGGAUUUCUUCGCGAAGCUGAUGAAGAACAUGGAUGAGGACAUGAAGAAGAAUCGUCGUCUUCCCACCAUCAGUGUCAUCAAAGCCUUCCAAAAGAAGAAAAGCCAUUGCAGUGCAGCCAGCCUUAAACUGAUGAAUGACUUCAAGGAGUCUAUGAAAGCUCAGGAGGCCACCGUCAGAGCUUCACCGAAGAAAAGUGUAAAUGUGCCUCGAGGACAAAUCAGAGAAGCUCUUCCUGGACAGGGGGAAUCACUCUUCCCAUCUUCAUUAGGCCCGUCUCAGCCUCCCAUAUUGAAAAAAAUAUCCUACCUCCAGAAAUACGAUAAUGGGGCCUCCUUGUAUCGACACGACGAUUUGUUCGAUCCUCCGGACCCAUCGAAGAGGGAAAUUUCCAAGAGCUCAUCCUUUUUAUGGGGCAAGCAGUCCUCCAGUUUCUCCAGGAAUCCACCGUUCAGUUCUUCUUCAACAAGAAAUGCUGCUUCUUCCUCUGAAGCUUUCGACCUCUCCAGACAAAAAGCCUUCAUGUUAUCUGAAUCGAAUGGGACUGAAUCCCCAAGACGGUUGGGACUGACAGUUCCUAACCACUAUGAACAUUCGCCUUCCCUGGAGAUGAUGGCCCACGUUCAGAAGUCUGCCAACGGUUCUGUCGAUUAUGACAGCGAAGGUUUGUUCGAGAGGGAGUCGACGAGUGCAGCAGGUUUAAGAAGGUUAUAAAGUUCAUAAUAAAUUUGAUCCUUAUUUUUAUAAUUAUUAAUUAUGGAAUUAUCCAUUCAACAGUUGGGACUAGGUCCUUGAUACCCAAAUUAAAAAUUGAUUAACUGUUAUUUAUAAUUAAAUUAUCAAAGAAAAUUGACUUUAAAUACAUUAUUUUAGAAAUCGCAAAGAAAAUUGUUAUUCAUUAUUUGACGAGAGAAAAAAAUUACCCCAUCAAAGUC